UUUCCAAUUAAUUAAUUUAAACAAAUGCGGAGCAACAUGGAGAUCGUUCAGGUUGCCGCUGAGAAAAUCGUUAGCAACGAAGACUUCAAGGAAAAAUAUCAAAUGCAAAUUAUUAAAAAAGAAGAUGUUAAUGAUUCGAAUGAGCAUACUGAAAAAGCUUCUUGUCCAUUAAUGAAGCUAGAUGUUAAAGCGUAUGAUGUUUCAACCAAGCCAAUGACAGAAACGAUCAGUAAUCGAUUGCUGCAGAUUGCUGAUGUAAAAAGCAAAAUCAAUAACAUUUCAUCCAAAAAUAUUUCUUAUUUGAACUCUAUUUCUAAAACUCAAAAAAAUUAUAAAAUCGUAAAAAAUGAAUUAUUGCCUGAUAAGCAAAAGAAGCAUUGUCAUCAAAAGAAAGAUUCUGAUAUAGAUGGAUCAUACAAUUCAAAAAAUGGAAAAGAUAAGAUUAAGACAAAAAAGCAUUACAGAGAAAUAUUUGAAAGACAUUUUUCAGAUAUGGAAUAUAUCAUUCAAAAAGACACCCAAUCAGCUUUAAAGUUUGGAAAGUAUAUUCAUUCAUAUACUGAUCCUAAUGGUGGAGCUAAAGUGUUACAUGCUUAUGCAGAAGAACUUACAAAUAUUAAAGCAGAAUACCUAAAAAAAUUUGCUGAAGAAUUCCUUAAUACUUGUUAUGCUGAAAAAACAGAAGGUCGAUCAGAUUAUGUAAUGGGUAUUGUACAUAAUGCUGGGUUGUGCUUACCUGAACUUGUUCAGUACUUACACACCACUCAGCCCAGCUUGAUUGUAAAGGUAGAAUCUCUUGGAAGAAAAUCAGAUAUUGUAUCUAUGACGAUGGAUGAAUUUUGUAAUAAUGUUAAGAGUACUUUUUGUAAUGGUACUCAUCGAGCUGGUGCAUUAGGGCAAAUAAGUUUAGUAGGAACUGUGUCAGAAGAGUCUGGUGGUUAUUUUCCAAAACUUCUUGGAAAGCUAGAGAAAGAUCCAUUUCUUAACCUUACUCUUCCAUGGGGUGAUAUGUCUAUUUAUAGUGGACUGGACCGAACAACUAGCAAUGACGGCCCAAUAUUAUGGAUGCGUCCAGGAGAGCAGAUGGUUCCAUCCAUAGAAAUGCCUAAAUCACCAAUUGGAAAAAAAAGAAAAAUCGGUGUAAAUGAGCUGCAAAAGUUAAAAUAUUUGCCAAGAUCGUCUGAGCCAAGAGAAUCACUUGCAGAAGACCGAACCAAGUGUCAUGCAGAUCAUGUUGGACAUGGUCUUGAUAGAACCACAACUGCUGCUGUUGGAGUUUUAAAAGCUAUUCAUUUUGACAAAAAUCCGAGUUUAAAUCGCCAUUGUAAAGAAGUAAUAGCUUUCGAUGCUGGCGAUCUAUUAGCAGUAGUAGAAAAGAUGCAAUUGGAUCUUUAUGAACCACCCAUGUCUCAAUGCGUUCAAUGGAUUGAUGAUGCUAAAUUGAAUCAACUCCGUCGAGAAGGAAUUCGUUAUGCUCGUAUAACUCUUCGGGAUAAUGAUAUAUAUUUUAUUCCACGAAAUGUAUGUCAUCAGUUUAAAACUAUUUCCGCCGUAACAAGUAUUGCAUGGCACGUUCGCUUGAAGCAAUACUAUCCCGAAUCUACGAAGUCUGACAAUGGUGAUGAUACAUUAAGUGUUACAAAAUCAUCUAAAGAAACAUCAAGUGUUGUGUUGUAAUUCUUACUCGAAUCUUAAGUAAUGAACAAGGAAAAGACUUAUAAAUUUUAUCCAAUUAGCAAAUUGUGUACUUUUUUUAUGUAAAUAAAAUCUAUCAGAAGAAAAAAAAGGGGGGGUUAUUAAAAGGGAGCCGUUAUAAGACCUUGAUGUAUUUAUGUGAAUAUCGAUUUGGAUCAUAAUUUUAAUGUAAAUUGUACAUUUUAUACAUAUCUGAAGAUUGUUUAUUUAUUUUGUGUACAUAUGUAUAUUCAUUUAAGUAGCUAUAUCAUUUUUAAUUAAGAAACAUUUGAUAUUGGAAA